AUGACUGUAGAGCAAGACCACGAUAAGCAUCAGAGGCCGUUUAGAAUCAGAAAGUCGCUGAGAGAGCUGGUGCAUAAAUCAAGAGUAUCGAAAUCGAGCAACAACCCUGCUUUAUCAUUGCCUCCAUUGCCAUACCACGAUCACAAGUGCGAGGAAUAUGCCUAUGAUGUGCUGUUUGAAUGUCAAAGAGGAUCGCUGGCUGUAGGCUACAGUAGCAAAACGCUUCUGCAGUUUGACCCCAAUCCAUGGUGUGAUGCCGAUAUGAGAUUCACGCCUAUGAAUAUAGAAAACUACCAACUACCAGAUCCUACUUGGCAGUGGGUGAGCAAAGAUUGGAUGAUUGAUAUGACUGAAGAUGUCGAUGAAGCGGGCUGGCAGUAUGCAUUAAAGUUCCACGGCGCUGUGUGGCAUGGUAAUUACAAACACUUUCGAUCAUUUGUUCGUCGAAGAAGAUGGAUCCGCCUAAGACAUAGGCUGCUCACUGGCCAGCAACUACAGCAACAGCAAAGCGACGAACCACUGCUGCUCGACCUAAGUGAAUCAACACCAACUUGCUCCCCCUCAGCAGCAGCAGCAGAUGUGCCGUACAACGAUAAAGACAUUAUGGAGAGGCUACAGAAAUGCCGUCUGGACAGAGAGAGGCUAGCAGUGUUGAACAGAGCGAUUCAAUCUACGCUUCCUGGUCUAGAAGAUCAAUUGCUGGAGAAGGCCAUCGACUACAUGGACAUGUUUGAUUACGAUGACACGAAAUACAAGUUCCUGGCACAAUUGCUACAAAAGAAAUGCGACUCGGAUCAAGGGAAAAUCCAUCUGACAGAGCGAGAAAAGAAGGCAGUGCAGUCACUAAGAUUCUAUUACGACAUACAAAGCAUCCUCGAUACCAUUGAUCCAAAUGUUGUAACAAGAUAA